UGGCCUAAACAAAUGGUCCAUCGAGCCUCAACAAUCAAUAACGAAAAUACAGUCCACUCAUUUAAUACGUUUGGAGCGAACGAAGUGCAGCAAAUUAUCGCGACAUCGGCUCAACGGCCGCCGGAGUCAAACUUCAGACAUCAAGACAAAGGAAGUACCGUGUGGACAGGGGAAGAUAAAGUGGAGAUUGAGGUGUGUUCCGACAAGCCAGAGGACGAAUACGAGGAACGUUCAAAAUUCGAAGAGCGUUAUUACGCGCUGAUGGCGCAAGCGCGCAAUCUGCUGUGCAGAGAUGGUGCAGCAGAUGACGGUCGCUCUGUUGCAGGUUCGAUAUGCAAACAAACAGCUAUGGUGAAAGUGAUUGACGACAACGGCAACAGCAUGGACGCACGGCUUCUACUCGAUAACGGCAGUACGGCAAAUUUUAUAACGCAGUCGCUUUGCAGUAAACUAAAAUUAUCUACACGUUCCGUAAGUUCUGAAAUUAAUGGCAUUAAUAAUCAAUCGUUAACUAGUACACAAGCUUGCAACUUAACAAUCCAGUCCCAAUGUUGUAGGUAUAAAGCGAAUAUAGAAUGUUAUAUUUUACCGGAGAUAACUAAAAUACUCCCUUCUACUAUUAUAGACAUCAGUCAACUUUCGUUGCCCUCAGAUCUACAUCUAGCUGACCCUUCGUUCAACAUACCGUCAGUAAUCGACAUUCUCGUCGGGGCUGAAGUUUUCUGGGAUGUUAUAUGUACUAAAUCAAUUAACCUAGGCAAAAACAAACCUAAGUUAGUUGAAUCAAAAUUAGGUUGGAUUGUUACAGGCCAACUACCAAUACAGACAACAUCAAAUUUUACGCAUUCUUGUAAUUUGUCGAUUAGAGAUCUUGACAACAAUUUGAAAAGGUUUUGGGAACUCGAUUCCGUCGCUUCGAGCCACGCCCUGUCUAGUGAAGAACGAGCUUGUGAGGAAAGCUUUAACUUGAAUACUAUCCGUGACGAAGACGGUCGAUUUAUUGUAACGAUACCAUUAAAAAAUAAUACUAAUGUCUUAGGUGAGUCAUAUGAAAUGGCGCAACGCCGUUUUUUAUCAUUGGAACGUCGAUUUCAACGUAAUCCUGUCUUCAAAGAACGAUAUAUAGCAUUUAUGCAGGAAUACGAACGUUUGGGUCAUAUGACUGAAAACAAUACGCGUAAUACUUCUGAAGCAGAGUCUAAUAUCGAAUACUUUUUGCCGCACCAUGGAGUCAUUAAUAAUGCUAAGAACAGAGCCUGGGAUUGGGAGAUCAGCAGCUGUUUACGUGAACAUUAUGCGGAUAGGAUAGGAUUAUAG